AUGGCAAACGACGCAGACACGGGCGGUAACUCGGUUAAGAGUUACAAGCUGAGUCCAAAUGAGUAUUUCUCACUGGACGUACAGAGCGGCGGACAGCACAAUCAGGGCCGUGAGACAGACUCUGGAUACAAUGCUCUGCUUUCUUAUCACCUGUCUGAGCCCAAAGGAAACAACCUCUUCCGGAUCGGAACCAGCACCGGAGAAAUCAGGACUAAGAGGAGAAUGAGUGACAAUGACCUGAAAACUCACCCCUUGGUGGUGUUGGUUUCUGAUAACGGAGAACCCUCCCUGUCAGCUACUGUGUCUAUUGAUGUGGUGGUGGUUGAAAGCACAGCUGACAUCCAGACUCAGUUCAGACACGUGCCCAUAAAGGAGGAGAGCUUCUCUGAUUUAAACCUGUAUCUGCUGAUCGCCAUCGUGUCGGUGUCAGUGAUCUUUCUGCUGAGUCUCAUCAGUUUAAUAGCUGUCAGAUGCCACAGGACAGACGGCAGUUUCAGCAGGUACAGCGCCCCAAUGAUCACCACCCACCCUGACGGGAGCUGGUCUUACUCUAAAUCUACUCAGCAGUAUGACGUGUGUUUCAGCUCAGACACGCUGAAGAGUGACGUAGUGGUUUUCCCCGCACCGUUUCCACCUGUAGAUGCUGAGCUUAUCAGUAUUAACGGAGGAGACACUUUUACCAGAACUCAGACUUUACCCAGCACAGACAAGCCUAUGGGCAGAAUGCAACAAGGAAAUAUUUUUCGGAUGUGGAUUUAUUUAUUGUUCCAUGUAUCUCACAUAUGGAGUCUCGCAGCAGCACAGAUUGUGUAUUCUGUUACGGAGGAAUCGAGCCCGGGUACCACUGUGGGGAAUUUGGCGAAAGACUUGCAUCUAGAUGUACAAGAAUUGGAAACUAGGGGUUUUCAGAUUUCAGGACCUAAUACGAGAUAUUUCGAAGCAAAUGUUAAGACUGGGAUACUUUUGGUGAAAGACAGAAUAGAUCGAGAGGAGCUCUGCUCUCGUAAUGUGAAGUGUUCUCUGGAAGUGGAAGCCAUUGUGAACUCUCCGCUGAAUCUCUAUCGCUUUGAGGUUAAAAUUUUGGAUAUUAACGACAAUGCACCCGCAUUUCGGAUACCGGCAAUUGUUUUGAACGUGUCCGAGUCAGCAUUUCCUGGUGAAAGAUUUACAUUAGCAAAGGCCUUCGAUGCAGAUGUCGGCAGUUAUUCGGUUAAGGGCUACAAGCUGAGUCAAAAUGAACAUUUCACCCUGGAUGUACAGAAUGGUGGAGAGGCGACUAUAUCUGCUGAAAUGGUGCUGCAGAAAGCCUUAGACCGUGAGAAACAGACAGUUAUCAAACUAACACUGACCGCUGUAGAUGGAGGGAAACCUCCUAAAUCAGGCACGUUACAUAUCACAGUUAAUGUGCAAGAUGUAAAUGAUAAUAUUCCGAUUUUUGACAAGCCGCUGUACAAAGCCACAUUGCUCGAGAACACGCCGCAUGGUGCCACCGUAAUUUCGGUGCAUGCUCAGGAUUUAGAUGAGGGUCCUAAUGGAGAAAUACUGUAUUCUUUUAUAAAUCACGACAGUGAUAAUGAUAUUGACAAAUUUGCCAUUAAUCCAGUAACGGGGGAGAUUACGGUAAAUGGUGAAUUGGAUCACGAAAAAAGCAAUGCAGUUGAAAUACGUGUCCAAGCGAAAGACAAAGGCGCAAAUGCAAGAGCAUCUCAUUGUAAAGUACUCGUUGAAAUCACGGAUGUUAAUGAUAAUCCACCAGAAAUAUCAGUAACAUCCUUAGUCAACGUAGUGAGGGAAGACGCACCCCUAGACACAAUGGUUGGACUUAUAACAGUGAGAGAUAACGACUCAAAUAAAAAUGGCGUUGUUCAGGUUAGAAUAGUUGAUUCAGUGCCGUUUACAAUUAAGAACACGUAUAAAAAUCAUUAUUCUUUGGUCGUAAACGGAAUUCUAGACAGAGAACGAGCUUCUCAAUAUAAUGUGACAAUAACAGCGACUGACGAAGGGGUUCCGCCUCUUUCCAGUACAAGCGUUAUUACAGUCCACGUGUCUGAUGUCAAUGACAACGCACCUCAUUUUAAAGAGCCUGUAAUAAACAUUUUCGUCAAAGAGAACAGUCCCGUGGGGGCUGUUAUCUAUACUAUGACUGCAGAUGAUCCGGAUGUAGACGAAAAUGCAAAAAUAACGUUUUCAGUAAAUAAUAAUCAUAAAAACAAUUUAAUAGGAUCAGUUAUAAACAUCAACUCAGAUACUGGAGAUAUAGUCAGCCUGCAGUCUUUUAACUACGAGGAGUUAAAGACGUUUCAGUUUAAAGUUCAGGCCACAGACUCUGGUGUUCCUCCGCUCAGCAGCAACGUCACUGUGAACGUUUUAAUUCUGGAUGAAAAUGACAAUAAUCCAACAAUUCUCGCGCCCUAUUCUGAGCACGGCUCCGUUAACAGUGAGAGCAUCCCAUAUUCUGCUGAAGCGGGAUACUUUGUGGCAAAGAUCAGGGCUGUAGACGCAGACUCUGGAUACAAUGCGCUGCUUUCUUAUCACCUGUCUGAGCCCAAAGGAAACAACCUCUUCCGGAUCGGAACCAGCACCGGAGAAAUCAGAACUAAGAGGAGAAUGAGUGACAAUGACCUGAAAACUCACCCCUUGGUGGUGUUGGUUUCUGAUAACGGAGAACCCUCCCUGUCAGCUACUGUGUCUAUUGAUGUGGUGGUGGUUGAAAGCACAAUUGACAUCCAGACUCAGUUCAGACACGUGCCCAUAAAGGAGGAGAGCUUCUCUGAUUUAAACCUGUAUCUGCUGAUCGCCAUCGUGUCGGUGUCAGUGAUCUUUCUGCUGAGUCUCAUCAGUUUAAUAGCUGUCAGAUGCCACAGGACAGACGGCAGUUUCAGCAGAUACAGCGCCCCAAUGAUCACCACCCACCCUGACGGGAGCUGGUCUUACUCUAAAUCUACUCAGCAGUAUGACGUGUGUUUCAGCUCAGAUACGCUGAAGAGUGACGUAGUGGUUUUCCCCGCACCGUUUCCGCCUGUAGAUGCUGAGCUGAUAAGUAUUAACGGAGGAGACACUUUUACCAGAACUCAGACUUUACCCAAUAAAGAAAAGUCCGCAAAAGGCAUGGGCAUGGGUUUCCACUUAAGACCCCAUUAUGCCCCUCAACCAGUCAUCAGCUGGAACAGCGGAUGUCUGACAGAGGCGCAGCUGGAGACUCUCCAGAGUGGAGAGAGUAGGCAAGAGACGAUUGGGAAAAGUGAGAAUAUAGAGGGAUAG